CUUUGAAGCGUCGCAAAGUGUGUUCAGCGCCCUCGGGUUUGACUUCAGCUCAUGGCGUCUUCUAGACGACCAUAAUUCAAAGACCCGUCGAAGUGUAUUUGCGCAGUAGCUGCCCUCGCUCAACAGUACCAUGGCUCCACCAUACCUGUACCAGCCGCUCCCCUCUCCUGAUUCCAUGCGUCUAAUAUGGCUCUUCGAUGGCGCCGACACAGAUCCUCUUCGCUGUUAUCUCGCCAUAAUGGAUAACCGCCCCAUUGCUCAGCUCGUUGCGUCUCCAAAUACAGAAAUCCGUUAUCCGCCUGAGGACAUCGACGUAUCGACCGUCGCGACCGCUCCGCUGGAAUCGGACCCCGAGCACCGUCCUGUAAUCCAUUUUGAUGCGCUGUCAUACACAUGGGGCAAUCCGUACUGCGCACUGGACAGCAAGCACAACGGCCUUCAGGACUGGGGCGCGACUCUCCAGCUAACGGUGGAGUAUGUACAGGACGGGGUGAAGCACGAAACGAGUUUACAGAUCGCGCCGAACCUGGAUGGAGCACUACGAAGGAUACGGAGGUAUUACCGUGAGGAGAAGCAGAGGAAUAGAUUUGUCUGGGUUGAUGCGGUGUGUAUUAACCAGGAAGACAUCCCUGAGCGGAACGCGCAGGUGAAGUUAAUGGGACGGGUGUAUGGACAUGCGAAGAAUGUGAUUGUGUGGCUGGGCCCGGAAAACGAAGAGACUGCCGCUGGCAUUGCAAUUAUGGAAUUGCUUUUUACGAAUGGCAAGUUCGCGUUUUCGAACAUAGCAAAUGAGGACGAGCAGAUGAUGGUUGAGACAGCAAUGGAGCAGCAUCGGCAGGUUGAGCGGAUAGCGCGAGAGCAGCACAGUGUUCUGGAGAGCAAAUCGUAUGGCAACUUGGGCAUCCCUGUCAUUUCACUCGAGGAGUGGGCAGCGGUGUAUUCAGUUCUGACCAGGCGCUGGUUCAACCGGAUGUGGAUCGUGCAAGAAGUUGCGCUCGGCGGUGUAUACCCUCGAAUCUUCUGUGGCGAUUUUCAAAUCGUCUGGCCACUGAUAUCAAGAACUGUGCAUGUACUUGCAGACACAGGAUGGAUGGUAGAGCUUUCUCUGCCCUCUUUGCUGGAUGGAGCGCAGCAGUGGCCACUGUUCAGGGCACUCGAGCCGCUGUCUGCUCGCAGCAUUUUGGAUACCAUACGUACGGAAAGCGACAAUGACAUGGUGAAGCUGCUGCAUAAAACAACAGAAUUCCAGUGUUUUGAUCCGAGAGAUAAGAUCUACGCCCUUCUUAGCCUGACGCCCAAUGUUGCCAAUGCAAUUGUGCCGGAUUACAAUAAGUCCGUCGCGAUGGUGUACACGGAAGCAGUAAAAGUCGUUAUGAAGACUUCCUCCGAUCUAUACUUAUUGGGCUGGGCGACCAAAGCUUUCAGAACGAUCGACUCCGAAAAGAUGCCUUCUUGGGUUCCAGAUUUCAACAAUAAUAUCUGGCGGAGUAUAUUGUCCACGCCGAAACUUCCGUUCAGUAGCGCUGGGUUCGAAAACGCUGCAAAUAUACAUCCGUCAGGCUUUGGACAAUUAUGUGUAGAUGGGUAUAUAUUUGACGUGGUCGAAAGUGCAGGGGGUUCUUACUAUGACGCUCUGAAUGGAGGUGUUAUGGAGUGGCUGGCGAUAUUGGAAGAUCUCCCACUUAAUUAUGUCACUGGAGAAUUGCUGGCAGAUGUAAUUUGGAGGACUAUGUUACUCUUCAGCGAAGUCGGUACCAAAUAUCCAGUGGCAGAGCAGACCCGGAAUGAAUUCCGAGUCUGGUUUACAGAUGUCCUUGCUCGGGCACUACUUAGCAACAUCAAUCAGAACUGCCGCGUCGACGGCGGGUGGCUCUCAAUCAAAGCCGACAAUACUGAAGGGAUGAAAUAUCUACAGUUGCAAAGGGAAGCCUUGAUCUCAAACAUCAACAGACUUCACAAGAAAGGCGGCGCGUUCCCGUCGGCGAAAGAAGUGCAAAAGACAGCUGAGCUUUUCAUGUCUGUUCUUCAACCGCACCGCGCACAACCACGACGCUCAUUGAAAUCUCUUUUUAAGACAAAGGAGAACCCACCCCGCACUUUGCUGCGAACACAUGGCGGCCCGUGCAGUUCACAGCAAUCGAAGAACUUUGAGAACUUCCUCGGCACGAGAAAUAACCUCAGUCGCCUCUAUCGAACUUCUAGGAACUACCUUGGCGCAGCGCCCUCGCCUGCACUAUCCACGGAAUACGGAGGCCCAUCUCAAAUUGUCGAUGGGAAACAUGAAAGUCUGGUAGGCGUAGGAGAUGAGGUUUGGAUACUUCCUGGAAUGAACACUCCUGUUCUACUGAGGCCGAAAACGGAUGGCGCAUAUUUGUAUCUGGGAGUUACUUAUGUUCAUGGCAUAAUGUUAGGCGAAGCUAUGGAUGGGAGGUUAACUCGCACACAGAUAGUGAUAGAGUAGUAAUUAAUUUAAUUGCAUGCGAAUUUAAGGAUAAUAGAUAGAUACGCUUAACAGCGAUUAUUUUCGCGUUAUCUACUAGUUAGGCCCCCUAGAAGUCGGAAUC